AUGGACACCGAACUACUCGAGAAAGCUGCAACUCUUUUGCUGAAAAGAAGCCAAGACAACAGUUUCAGAGAAGACAUCAAGCGCCUUCAGCAAGGGAAGCAAUUAGAGGGCAGCAAUAAAUUGAAAAGACUUGACGUAGUACUAGAAGAGGGACUCCUGCGGCGAAAAGGAAGAAUCGACGUGAUACAGGGUGUGACCAGCGACUACAAACGACCCAUCGUGAUCGAAAGCAAGGACAAGACAACACAACUCAUCAUAGAAGAAUUCCACUGCCGCUUCAAUCAUGGAAAACACGCGACGGUGAUGAAUGAAAUACGACAACGCUUCUGGAUACUCGGUCUAAGGUCAGCAAUCAAGGCGGUUCAGCAUCAAUGUCAGUGGUGCAAAACAAGGAAAACAAGAGCUCAAGAAAUAGCAACAGGCAACUUACGGUUAUAA